CUACCAGGCCCCGGGCGCUCCGCGCGGCCGCAUAAACGUAAAUUGCGUCCUCCGCUGUUACGACGCUCAGAAACAACGUAAAGUGGGCGGGACAGCGUUUUACAAACCGGACCGUGAGGCUUUUCGUUUUCUCUUUCCAGCCAGCGCCGAGCGAUGGGCAUCUCUCGGGACAACUGGCACAAGCGCCGCAAGACUGGGGGCAAGAGGAAGCCCUACCACAAGAAGCGGAAGUAUGAGCUGGGACGCCCGGCUGCCAACACCAAGAUUGGCCCCCGCCGCAUCCACACGGUCCGAGUGCGGGGAGGUAACAAGAAAUACCGUGCCCUGAGGCUGGACGUGGGCAACUUUUCCUGGGGCUCUGAGUGUUGUACUCGCAAAACAAGGAUCAUCGAUGUUGUCUACAAUGCUUCCAAUAAUGAGUUGGUCCGUACUAAAACCCUAGUGAAGAACUGCAUUGUGCUCAUUGACAGCACACCAUACCGACAGUGGUAUGAGUCCCACUAUGCACUGCCCCUGGGUCGCAAGAAGGGGGCCAAGUUGACUCCUGAGGAGGAAGAGAUUUUAAACAAAAAACGAUCCAAAAAAAUUCAGAAGAAAUAUGAUGAAAGGAAAAAGAAUGCCAAAAUCAGCAGUCUUCUGGAGGAGCAGUUCCAGCAGGGCAAACUUCUUGGUGAGAUGGCUGUUGUGUUGGGGGCGGGGAGUCACAGAACAAGUGUGCCCUGUGCAUUUUUUCCUGGACUCAAUUCAUCUCGGCUGCCAGCUGUGUGGUGUAGAGUGUUCGCCAGAAGUGUUUAUGAUCACAAGAUACCAGCACAAAUGAGAAUACCUGAUCACCCUUAUAUAAAUGUGAAGAGGAAAUGGGAAAUACUGGGUAGGAGUCCACAGGCCUGGGCUUGGGAUCUUAGGAGUAUUUUGCCUGGCCUGAGGAGGCUGUCUCAGUGAUGAAAACUUUGUCCAGUUCUGCUCCUGACAGUAAGUGAUGAUGAAGUAUGUCUGAGGAGACAGUGGGCUUCAUGCUUGCCCCCAGGGUACCUGAAGCAACAUAGACUCUUAGGGUACAGAUAGGCUUCAGUGGGGCCGCUCUCUUAUUUUGCUAAGGACAAUGUACUCUC